UUGGAAUGUCAGAUGUUUUCUGACACUUUGCAUUUCUCUCAAUAUUUACGCUUGAGAAAAGUCUCAAAAUAACCAGUAAUUUCAGGAUUUUCCGUGAAAAUCCGCGUUGAAUCUCAAUCUAGAUAUACUUUAGAACUUUUUCGCAUAAGAAAACAUCAAGUCGGACGAUGAAAACCUCGUGAAAAGUGCAAAAAAGUUCAAUAUUGAGUGCAACAGUUGGAGUUGUUUUUAUUGAUAUUUUGAGGCCUCGCGGAAGGGGAAAAAGAGGCCAAAGAGGAGAAAAUAAUGACGGGCGGCGAGGCGCGAGAAGAAGUGCUGGAGGAUUCCAUGAAACGAUCAAUGUCACGAGCACUCACGCGCGUGAUUAAGCUUCACGGGGGCGCCGAGAAGCCCUUCCACUGUCAGAUCUGCGAUAAGCAGUUCCGGCAGCUCUCCACACUGAUGAAUCACAUGAAGAUCCACACCGGCGAGAAGCCGUUCAAGUGUCAGGUGUGCCAGAAGAACUUCCGCCAGUCUAGCACUCUCACGAAUCACGUAAAGAUUCACACGGGCGAAAAGCCUUUCGCCUGCACGUACUGCGAAAAGCAGUUCCGGCAACUGUCGACGCUCACGAACCACCUCAAGAUCCACACGGGCGAGAAGCCCUUCGAGUGUGCCGUGUGCAAGAAGCAAUUUCGGCAGUCCAGCACGCUAAACAACCACAUUCGCGUUCACGUGGGCGAAAAAGUCAUCGUCAUUAAGAAUGAACUCGACAGUCUCUAUUGCACAGAGGAAUUACCGCCAAUUUCGCAAGAAUCCGAAUCGAGAAGAUAGGCAGUGACUGCUGAUCACCGAAAAUGUACAUUACAGGGCCAUUUAGAGAGUGUAAGUAGAGAUGUAGCUCAGAACCCCAAACAGUGUAAACUGAUGUGAAUAUAUUUAAUGUUUUAUACAACAA